AUGUUUAAGGAUAUCGGUGAGUUUGCACAAGCGUUCAGUGUUGAAACUACUGCUAGCCAGGUGACGGUGCGACUUGAGAAGCUAGAAGAGUUGUGGGAGAAGGUGAAUGACGUCAUCUUGGAAAUCGAAAUUCACGAAGACUAUACGGUAGAGGAUGAAGCUUAUAUACAGCAGCGGUCGGAGUUUGGCAACAAGUACUAUGCGGUAAAUUCGGCACUUUUGGACAAGGUUAAGGAAUUGGAGGAACAUCCGGCCAUGAAUACUUCUCUUCGCGCCAAUGAUUCGACGCAGCAACCUACCGUUGAGCACGUUCGUCUCCCACAAAUCAAACUUCAAACGUUUGAUGGAAAUAUUGAUGAGUGGUUGAGUUUUCGAGAUCUUUACACUUCGUUGAUUCACUGGAAGGCCGAUCUACCCGAUGUUGGGAAGUUCCACUACCUAAAGGGAUGUUUGGCUGGUGAGGCAAAAGCGUUGAUAGACCCACUAUCUAUUACAAGGGUGCAAGCACUUUUCAAGCUACCUUCGUUAACGAGAGAAUCCUCCGCUGAGUUGCAGGCCUUGUUGGAAGGCUUUGAACGGGUUGUUCAGACACUGGAUCAGCUUAUACAACCAGUAGAUUACAAGGAUCUGCUAUUGUUGGACAUUCUAUCCACACGAUUAGAUAACGCAACAAGAUGUGCCUGGGAAGAAUAUUCUUCGACGAAGGAAAAUGACACAGUGAAAGAUUUGACCGAGUUUCUACAAAGGAGGGUGCGAGUUCUUGGAUCAUUACACACGAAGCCUACGGAAGCCAAGCCAGAGUUUUCACGACAAUUUAGGAAGGGUUUUACUCCAGCGCGUCAUAGUCAUAAUGUUGUUCAAAACACAACGGGAAAUUGCGUGGCGUGUACAGAGUCGCAUCCGUUGUAUUUAUGUUCAGCGUUUCAGCGGCUUACGGUGUCUGCCCGGGAAAAACUACUUCGGACGCAUUCUCUUUGUAGGAAUUGCUUUAAAAAGGGGCACAGGGCUUCGGAUUGUCCAUCAAAAUACAUUUGCCGCAUCUGUAAGGAAAAGCAUCACACGUUGGUAUGCUUCAGAGCUGAAAGCAACCAUGCUGCUAAGGAAAGGAUUAGCAAGGACAGUGGUGUAACCAAAGAGUUGUCAUCGCAGGCUGCUAGUACAUCGGGUACUCAAGUGUCUGCAAAUGUAUCUGGUCAUAACAUAUCAUCAGUGCUGCUGGCUACAGCGGUCGUAUUGGUGGAAGACGACCAAGGCUUUCGUUUUCCAGCGAGAGCUUUACUAGAUUCCGGCUCCGAAUGCAACUUUAUGACAGUAGGAUUGGCUCAAAAAAUGAAACUUAAACGUCAAAGGUCUGACGUGGCAGUAUGCGGAAUUGGCGACUCGAGUACAAGGGUAAAACAAACAGCAAACACCACCAUCAAGUCUCGAGUAACAGACUUCACGCGUAGAAUGGAAUUUCUACUGUUGCCUAAAGUGACGGCCAAUCUCCCCAUAACAAAUGUGAAUUUGGCUGAAUGGCAAAUUCCGACUGGUGUCGAACUAGCGGAUCCAGCAUUUUUCGUAUCCAAGGCAGUAGACUUGGUGCUAGGCAUACAGCAUUUCUUUUCAUUUUUUAACACCGGAAAUGAGGUUCGGCUGGGAGAAAAUCUACCGAUGCUGACGGAGUCAGUCUUUGGAUGCGUAGUUUCCGGUGCGGUGGAUAAUUUCCAACAUAUUUCGGUUACUUCCUGCAAUAUGGCGGUCGGUCUGGAAGAAUUAUUAAGUCGGUUUUGGUCUUGUGAGGAGAUUGGUCCUCCCACAAAUUAUUCUCCGGAAGAGUUACGCUGCGAGGAGCAGUUUGCUCAAACUGUGAAACGAGGUUCCGAUGGUCGGUACACAGUUUCCCUACCCAAGGUUGAAGGCGCAUUGGCAAAGAUUGGCGAGUCAAGGGACAUCGCAUUUCGGCGACUGCAAGGAUUAGAACGUAGGUUACUGAAGGACGUAGAGCUGCGGCAGCAGUACGAUCAGUUUAUGGAGGAAUACCUACAACUGGGAUAUAUGCGUAAGGUGGAAACGCGUUCCCUAGAGCAAGGAACUCGCUGCUAUUUACUACAUCAUCCGGUGUUUAAGCAAGAGAGUACUACUACUAAGGUCAGGGUAGUAUUUGACGCGUCUUGUAAAACGGCAACCGGAGUGUCGCUAAACGAUAUAUUACUGACGGGGCCAGUAGUACAUGAGGAUCUCCGAUCGAUUAUUUUCCGUAGUCGAACGAAGCAAAUCAUCAAGGCUGUGGAUCAAGAUGUGUAUAUGGACGACGUUUUGACUGGGGUCGAUGAUGAGGAAACAGCGUUAAGGUUAAAAAUGCAGUUAGAGAAAAUGCUGCAGAAGGGCGGCUUUCGAUUGAGGAAGUGGGCGUCAAAUAGUCCCUCAGCCUUGCAAGGCAUGUCAGAGGACAAUUUAGCAGUGGUAAGGACCGAGGGAUACCAACUGGAUUCAGAUCCAGCAGAAAGAACGUUGGGACUCAUCUGGCAUCCAAACACGGACAUAUUUAAAUUUCGGUUCAAGGUACCAGAUUCAACUGAGGGCGAAACACUAACGAAACGCAGAAUUCUAUCGAUCAUCGCUACACUUUUUGAUCCGCUGGGCUUGUUUGGAGCGGUGAUAACAACUGCUAAGGUGUUUAUGCAGUUGCUGUGGUGCUUGAAGGAUGAAAAGGAUCACCGAUUGGGGUGGGAUCAGCCCCUACCAGUGAAGGUUCAAGGUGAUUGGAGAUAUUUUCACGGUCAGCUACUAUUGUUGAACGAGCUGGUGAUAAGUCGUUGUGUGAUUCAACCGAAAGCAGUCUCCGUGGAGCUGCACGUGUUUUCAGACGCGUCCGAGCGUGCGUAUGGAGCGUGUGCGUAUGUCAGAAGCAUAGAUACAGGAGGAAAUGUUUCAGUCGCACUACUCACUUCCAAAUCUAAGGUGGCACCGCUGCAAUGCCAAUCCAUACCAAGGUUGGAAUUAUGCGGAGCACGCAUGGCGGCAGAACUAUCGAAACAAGUGGUUGAGGCUCUGAAAAUGGACAUGGAAAUGACCUUUUGGACGGAUUCCACCUGCGUCCUCAGAUGGAUCAAGGGUGCGCCGUCAACAUGGACAACCUUUAUAUGGCGGCAUGUUCCGGGAUUAGAGAAUCCUGCCGAUCUUACCUCACGGGGAAUUAACCCGAAUCAAAUUCAGAACAACGUUCUUUGGUGGGAAGGCCCGGCGUGGCUCAAAGCAGAAAGGGAAUUCUGGCCAGAGCAGCCAGCCGAGUCUAUUACAGAGGAUGUAACCCGAGAAGCUCGUCGUUCGGUUCUGCAUUGCACAAGCCAGCAGGAAGCAUUUAGCUCUUGGUACGUACGGAAAUUUUCGACGUUCACAGCGCUUUUGAGGUGUACUGCACACUUUUGUAGACGUCUGGAUCGUUCCAAAGGAGUGGAGCGAAAUGAGCGGAGUGGCUUCUUAAAGGCAUCGGAGCUGAAAUUGGCAGAGCAGAUGUUGAUUCGUUGCGUGCAGAGAGAGGUAUUUGUGGACGAGUGGAAGGCAUCCUCGAACAAUUCAGUUGUACAACGGAACUCACCGUUACGCUGGUUUAACCCGGUAAUGUCAGAGGAGAAAUUAAUUAGAGUUGGAGGACGACUAGCCAAUUCACUUAGUAACGAGGAAACUAAGCACCCCGUUGUGCUCCCAGCAAGGCAUCCAUUCACAAGGCUUCUUCUUGAGCAUUACCACCAUAAGUUACUACACGCAGGUCCGCAAUUACUGCUUGGUACGGCAUUGGCAGGUCAUGCAAAAGAAGCUGCAGGAGUUUUGGAAGAGAUGGCACUUGGAGUACUUAGCCCAACUGCAAGGAAGAACCAAGCGUUGGCGUCCUGCAGUUCCGAUUACCGAAGGACAAAAUCCAGCAAUUUCAGCGCGGGCGAGGAUGUUGGCUACUUCGAAUAUCACAACCGUAGUAAAUAUCACAAACCACAGCGAACCACCCCUGUCGGUAUUCAACAACAAUUGCUGCAUGGGACGUCAGGGCGGUGCGAUGACAAGCAACUGCAUGAGUGUCACCAGCAUCAGUGCAUCAUCAUCCCGGAGGUUGUUACGGACCGUUUUCGUGAUGUUCCACCUGAGAAGAGCGGAUUUCUUUGGCGCCGGUGGCUUCUAGAGCUGAACAAAACCAGUUAG